AUGCCAGCUACUCGCAAAAGAAAGACCGAGUCUCAUGACGAGAAGGAGGCUCCUGCGACUACCUCUGCCCGCUCUCGAUCAAACGGCAAGACCGCUGCCUCUGAGCCCAAUGGCAAAGAGACGCGUACUAAACGCCAGCGUAAAACUGCCAAUGCUCCUGAAAAGUCUACUGAGGAGCCUGUUAAGAAAGCCCGCACAACCACCAAAAAGACUGAAGAAUCUACUGCCAAAACAUCUCGCCGUGCAACAAAACCUACAUCCAAAGCGGAGACUGCUAAACAGCCUUCUACCCCAAAGAAAUCUACCACUACGUCUAAACGUGAACCUUCUUCAACUUCAAAGAGCACUGCUGAACCUAAGACUGCAAAACCUAAAUCCAAGACGCGUACUAAGACUGAUGAAAAGGAAGAACCUAAGCCUAAAAAGUCGACAGCUGCAAUUACAGCAACCACUACCACCACCACCACUACCCUUGAAGCUCCUGCCGUUACUUCUCCAAAGCCUAAGGCACCUCGUACUCCCCGAAGUCGUGCUGCUGCAACUGCUGCUGCUGUUAUCAAGGCUACCCCUAAAAGAUCCACUAAGCCUUCAUUUAAUCCCAUUCCAGAAUUGCCUCAACAGCGUCUCAAUGUUUACGUUUUUGGCUCAGGGUCUAUCUGCGAACUUGGUUUGGGACCUUUGGUAACCGAAGUUAAGAGACCACGUCUUAACCCAUUGCUUCCAAUUGACUCUGCGGGUAUCGUUAAGCUGGCAAUUGGUGGUGCCCAUGUUAUUGCUCUUGAUCACGCUGGUCGCGUUUGGUCAUGGGGUCAAAACGACUCGGGUGUGUUGGGCCGCCCCACCAAAGAAUCUGAAGAUGAGAUUGAUGAUGACUGGAUCAUUAAUUCUAAGGAGUCUACACCAGCUUUAGUCGAGGGUCUUCCUGAGAAUGUUGUUUUUGUCGAUAUUGCAGCCACUGAUGAUGCCUCUGCUGCCAUCACUGAAGAAGGCCAUCUUUGGGCCUGGGGUACCUUUAUCGACGACGGAAAAAAGAGCUUCAAGACUGGUAUUCAAUAUCAGCGUGAACCUGUCCACAUAAAUACCAUUCGCCAUGUUGUCAAAAUGGCAGCUGGAAAGGAACAUUUCCUUCUUCUUGAUAAGAAUGGCGAUGUUUACAGUUGGGGCGUGGGCACUUCGUUCCAGCUUGGUAUGGCCGUUAAUGCCAACCUGCGCACACACGUAUUUGGUCCCCUGAAAAUCCCUGGACUCAAGAAAAUUAAAGACGUUUAUGCUGGUGAGUACACUUCAUUCGCUAUUGACCAAGACUCUAAGGUAUUUUCAUGGGGUCUCAACAACUUUGGCCAGGCCGGAAACCCGGAGGAUGUUGGUAGUGGAGCUGUAAUCAAAAAGCCUACUCACGCACCCUUUUUUGAUGACAAGAACAUUGUUCAAAUUGCUUCAGGUAACCAUCAUUCUCUUGCGUUGACUAAGGAAGGAGAUGUUUACGUGUUUGGUGAAAUGAACUUUCAUCAACUUGGUCUUAACCCUUCCAACCUUCCUGAAUAUACUGUACGUGAGGCCAAUGGUACUCCUGGCUACGUUCCUAUUCCUACCAAACUCGAGGGUCCCGAUGUUCCAAAAUUUAAGUUCAUUGCUGCUGGCUUUGAUCAUUCCUUGGGUCUUGCUCUUGAUGGAUCGGCAUAUACCUGGGGGUUUGGUGAAACCUAUCAACUUGGUCACGGUAAGCCUCCUGGUGAAGAUUCCCCUGAAGAUGAAGAAGUUCCUACUAAGAUUGAAAACACUGCGACGCGUGGUGUUAAAAUUGUUUUUGCUGGAGCAGGUGGUCAGUUUAGUGUUUUGGCUGGUCUUCCUAAAGAAGAGGAAAAGAAGGAGGUCAAGGAAGAGACAAAAGUAGAGUCCAAGGCUGUAGAAGAAGUUAACAAGGAAGCUAAGGAGGAAUCCAAGGAGGAUUCUAAGGAAGAGUCCAAGGAAGAGUCCAAGGAAGAGUCCAAGGAAGAGUCCAAGGAAGAGUCCAAGGAAGAGUCCAAGGAAGAGUCCAAGGAAGAGUCCAAGGAAGAGUCCAAGGAAGAGUCCAAGGAAGAGUCCAAGGAAGAUUCCAAGGAAGAGUCCAAGGAAGAGUCCAAGGAAGAAUCCAAGGAAGAGUCUAAAGAAGAGUCUAAAGAAGAAACUAAGGACGAAGAUACAAUAGAGGUGAAUAAGGAAGCCGAGGAAGGUGAAGAAUCCAAGGAAGAAUCCAAGGAAGAAGAAGCUAAAGAAGAGUCUAAAAAGUCUGAGGAGACUGGAGAAGAUAAGGAAACUACCACGAAGUCUGAUGAAAAGCCCAAGGCUGAUGAAGAACCUAAGGAUGUCGAGAUGGCUGAUGUACCUAAAUCAAAGGAGGAGGAGACUGAGACCGAAGCCAAGGAUGAAAAGAAGCCUAAUAGCGAGGAUGUUGAAAUGCCUGAUGCUUAA